AUGUACUCCGCGCAGCCAAACAGCGCUGAUAGUGCCACCAUCAAUCCUGCCGCUCUGAGUUCCCCCGCCCUAUCUAACACGCCGCUUCGCGGCCUCAAGCGGAGCCGGUCCUCGGAUUCUCACAACAUCCUGCAGCCCGGCGAUGACGCCAGUUCCCCGCCUCAUCCGAAGCGAAUCAAGCAAAUGAAGCCAUCCGACGCUCCUGGGCAGCCGCCCGCCCCCGGGGUUGCGCAGGCUGGUGCGCCGCCGCAGACUCCCCAGUCUCAAAGCUCUACGUUGCCGAGCCAGACGACUCCCGCCUAUGCCACGACUCCCGCCGGGGCGCCCCCCAAGACGACUCCGACCAAGUCCACAGUCAAGGCCCUGCCCACCGUGAGAGACCAUACUACCGACCAAUUGAACCCAGCUGGCGACGAGUACCUGCCAAGAGAAAUCGAUGAGUUUGGCGAGAAAAAGGUGAUGCCCAACGGCCAGCUUCUGGGCAACCGAACCUACCGGUGCCGGACCUUUCUGGUGCCCAACCGAGGCGACAAACUCUUCAUGCUUGCGACCGAGUGUGCCCGGGUACUUGGAUACCGUGAUUCUUACCUGUUGUUCAACAAGAACAGGUCCCUCUUCAAAAUCAUCGCCAGCCAGGCCGAAAAGGAUGACCUUGUCCAGCAGGAGAUAUUGCCAUUUUCGUACCGCUCGAGACAGAUUGCCAUUGUGACUGCUCGGUCCAUGUUUAGACAGUUUGGGAGUCGCGUUAUUGAGAAUGGCCGCCGCGUCCGGGAUGACUACUGGGAGACCAAGGCCCGUAAGCAGGGAUUCACCGAGGCAGAUCUGGCCGGAGAGAAGAGACCAGGUGCCGCCAAGGCCCGAGAGGCGGCCGAGGCCCAGAAUAACCUCCUCAUGAGCGGUCCUCACACCGAGAUUGUCUACAACAAUACCCCCGGACCCUAUCCUGGUGCUCCGCCGACACAUCUAGUCCAAACAGGUAUGAUGGGAGCGCCACCUGGAAACAUUGGAAGAAUGCCUGGAUUAACAGUCGGGCCAGAGUUAGGCGACACUCGCCCUAGGGACUUCAGUAAUAUUAUCAAGGGCGGCCCUCGCCAGGAGAUUACCGGCCCAGCCUAUCAGGACCAGACCAGGCCAUCGCCAAUUGGAGAGAUCCAUUCACAGGCGCAUCAUGCCGCCGAGUUCAGCCGAUCCGUUAACCAGCAACGUGAUAUGCGCGGUGAUUAUUUACAGGGCAUCUGGCGCCGUCCUCAUGAGCAGCCGGUUACCUCUUCCCUGAACCCGACCGUCGGUGCUACCGAUGCCGCGGCCGCAACCACACGACCAUCAAGCUCACCGCAUACUGUUGCUGCUGCUGGCGUUGCGCAACCCGUUGUGUCAUCCCAGAGCCCUCAGAUGCUGAUGACUGCGGCCCCAUACUCGCAGCCGAUUCACGCCCAAAACCAACUUGGAUCUACAGGCGGCGGUAGCAUGAGCCAAGCCGCCCCCGGUGGUUACAAUUAUCAGCCCAACCAGGCCAUGUGGUCGCAGAACACGCAAACUCCGCAUCAUAGCGGCUAUCCCAGCUAUACCACGCAAUCCCAGGCGCCUCACCCAUCCCAGUCCCCAGCCUCGCACCUACGCCAGCCAAGUGCAGGGCAACUGCAACCAAACAUGCCAUUCCCAGGCAUGGGUAGUAUGCAAUAUGGCGCAAGCCAAGGCAUGUAUCCGGCGGACCAAACCCCACGACAGUACAUGGCUCAAAGCACACCCGGAGCGCCGCAAGUCUCUCAAUCUUGGUCUGGCCAGCACUCACCACCUCCUCAGUGGUGGACGCCGCAGCAGCAGCCUCAGUAG